AUGGCCAGCGAGCAGCUCCUCGACAAGAUCCACACGCUCAGCGACCUCGAACUAGCCGCCCUCCUCUGCCUCAUCGCCCGCGAGCAUUGCUUGAUCAGUACCGAGCCUGAUAGCAUUGACGAACUCGCCGAGGAGCUGCGUCUGGUCGCCGCCCGGACCUUCAACCUCACCUCCACCAUCGUCAGUUGCCGCGCCCACACCACUCUUGACGAGUUCGCCAACGGCCUGUUCGUCCAGCCCAACCCCCAACCUCCGCCAUCACCAGGAAAUGCUCGCUCUGUGUCCCCGUACCAUUCGCGCCAUGAGCAGCAGUCGCAACUUUCGCCCGUCGGCGCUGCGGGUCAUCAUGGAUCGUAUUUUCCGGUAACUCCAUCUCCACGUCUCGGCGGGACGAGAAGCCCGGUGUUGCCGUCCGUCGGAAGAAGCCAUUCCCAGAUUCCGCAAGCUCGGAUUGCGAAUGUGAUCCUAGCCAAGGAUCUGGACCGUGCUCCCCGGGCAGUCCAGAUCCAAGCCCUCGAGCUACUCCGGACACGACGCAUCUUCACCCGGACCAGCGUCCAGACUGCCCCGAAACAGUUCCUCUUUAUCGCUCUCGUCGGCGCAAGCAGCGGUGGCCAAGCACGGGUCACCCCCCAUCUAAACGAUUUCUUCUACAUCAGCCACUGGCACGACCCAGACGACCACGGCUUCCCCUAUCUCGACGAGGAACUCGACCGCCAGAACGGCAGAGAAGACGACGACGACGACAAUACCGACGCCGUCUCAACAACAUCAAGCAACAGCGUAAUCCGGAUCAGCCGCCACCCCUCCCCCAGCCCAGCCCUCGGCCUCAGCAGUCCCCGCAGUGUCACCAGCAGCAGCACACACAACCAGAACCACCACCACCCCAACAACAAACCCGACCAAACAUCCCCCCCUACAACCCCCCUCCUAACCGAACCCGAACUCGCCCACCUCUCCCACCUCGCCCACACCACCAUCCACACCACCAUCUCCAUAACCCGCUACCAAUCCAACUUCAUCUCCUUCCUCCGCAGCCACCGCGCCGUCGCCCUCCCCGGUUCCGUCUCACCCGCCGCCUCGCGGCAUCUCGCCGACUUAUCCCGCUCCCUGGCCUGUCUACACGGACUCGACUACGUCACGCCCUCGAUUGUGGGGUUGGCGGCGCGGAAGGUGUAUGCGCAUCGGCUGGAACUGGUGAGGGAUCCGAUAAGGGAGAGGAGCGUGCAGUGGGGCAGUGAGGUCGGUGCUGUUGCGGCGUUGUUGGGGGGCGACGGUGAGGUGGGAGAGGGGGGGAUGAUUGGGCCGGAGGAGGUGUUGGAGGAGGUGCUGGGGAUGGUGAAGGUGCCUUUGUAG